AUGCCAGAGCUCCCUCAGAGAGCUAGCCAACUUGCAUCUUGUGCAGGCAAUGUGAUCAAAGGGAAACUUUAUGAUGACAUCCCAGAUAUACAUCCUUUCUUGGUAGCCAGCCAGCAGGGCACCUGGGUGGCUCAGAGGUCUGCCUUUGGUGCAGGUGGUGAUGCAGGCCUGGAAGGCCUGGUCCACCUUGACGUCAAGCCUGCCAACAUCUUCCUGGGGCCCCGGGGCCGUUGCAAGCUGGGUGACUUUGGGCUGCUGGUUGAGCUGGGUACAUCUGGAGCUGGUGAGGCCCAGGAGGGAGACCCCCAUUACAUGGCCCCUGAGCUGCUGCAGGGCUCCUAUGGGACAGCGGCCGAUGUGUUCAGUCUGGGUCUCACAGUCCUGGAAGUGGCAUGCAACAUGGAGCUGCCCCACGGUGGGGAGGGCUGGCAGCAGCUUCGCCAGGGCUAUCUGCCCACCGAGUUCACUGCUGGCCUAUCUUCCAAACUGCGCUCUGUCCUCACCAUGAUGCUGGAACCUGACCCCAAGCUGCAGGCCACCGCUGAGGCCCUGCUGGCUCUGCUGCUCAGGCGGCCUCGGCCCUCAAGCAUUCUGUGGUACCUCAGCCAAGGGUGGGCCCUGUGGCAGGCCCUGCUUUCCUUGCUGUGCUGGCUCUGGCACGGAUUGGCUCACCCUGCCAGCUGGCUGCUGCCGCCGAGCCCACCAGCCACCCCACCUGGCUCCCCACCCUGCAUCCUCCUCCUGGACAGCAGCCUCUCCAGCAGCUGGGAUGAUGACAGCAUGGGGCUCUCACUCUCUGCAGAGGUUGUCCUGGCCAGGGCUACUGGGAACACCUCCACCCCCCGCAGUGGCUCCCCUGCCCGCCAGAACAGGUACACACUGAGGGAUGCCCUGGACCUGAGUGACAUUGACUCCGAGCCCCCUCGGGGCUCCUUCCCCUCCUUUGAACCUCGGAACCUUCUCAGUCUGUUUGAGGACUCACUGGGCCCAGGCUGAGUCCACAAGCCAGCCUUGGCGCUUUUA